AUGAGUGAUUUACCUAUCACCUACAGAUUGCUCAGCACCUUGACAUCUACGUCAUGGUCUGGAUUAGCACUGUUCGUGGUGUAUGCUGCUAGUAUAUACUAUGUCGUGCGCUCAGUGUAUCGGCUCUUCUUCCAUCCGCUCGCCAAAUAUCCUGGACCAAAGUUUGCUGCCAUAACCGACAUAUGGUAUGCAUAUCAUUGGGUCUCAGGCCGCUAUCCUUGGGACAUGGAAUACAUGCACAUGAUGUAUGGUGAUGUCGUCCGAACCGGUCCAAACGAACUCACAUUUGCGACGCCGCAGAGCUUCAAUGACAUCUACGGACACGCGACCAAAGAGCGAUCAACCUUCAUCAAGGGAACGUUCUACGAGCAUGGGCAACCAGAGCCUGGUAUUGUGGCAGAGCGCGACCCAGAGAAGCAUCGCGAGACAAGACGACUACUAUCACAUGGGUUUAGUACAAAGGCCUUGAAAGACCAAGAAGAUAUACUGCACAAAUACUCCGAUCUGUUUGUAGCCCAGAUUCAACUUGCCUUUGGCGAGUCUUUUGGCACAGUCCAGUCAGCAAAACCUCACUUCUGGAUCGAGACCAUCCACGAUGGAGCAUUCUUGGUAACGUUAUUCGAGGUCGGCCGAAGGCUGCCAUGGCUAUGGCCCUUGAUCAUUCUUGUGUUGCCAAGUGGAAUCAAGCGCAAGUUCGAUUUGUUUCUCGACUAUUCCAAGAAACAAGUUCAGAAACGCGUUGCUCGACAAGAUUCGAUAACCCGUACAGACUUCUUUGUCAACCUGCUGUCCGAAAGGUCCGGGAACGUGUCCGAAGAGUGGUUGAUUGCUCAGGCGAACGUUCUAGUCAUCGCUGGAUCCGAUACGACAGCGACAGCGCUUGCGACGAUCAUCUACUAUCUGACCAGGUAUCCACAACAGCUCGAUAGACUCUGUUGUGAGAUCCGAGAGGCUUUUCCCGAUCAGAAGAAGAUGACCGAUGUGGAGCUGCAAUCCCUGCCUUACUUAUCGGCCGUAAUCGAAGAAGGCCUCAGGAUCUUCCCACCGACAGCUUUUGGGUUGCCUCGUAUCAGUCCUGGAGCCACGGUCGACAGCCAUUUCGUGCCACCAGGUGUCACUGUCUCAACGUCCUCAUGGACAACCACACGUCGCGAAAAUUAUUGGAAAAGUGCUAGAUCGUUCAUUCCCGAGCGCUGGCUGCCACAAGCUCAUACACUGUACGACAAUCGUUUCGCGGCGGAUAAUCACGGCGCUGCAAAACCAUUUUCGCUGGGGCCGAGGGGUUGCUUGGGAGUUAAUCUGGCCAACAUGGAGAUGCGAAUUACCCUUGCAAAGCUUGUGUGGAAUUUCGACAUGAAGCCCGAUGGAGCGACAAGGCUGCUAGACUGGGAGAGGGAAUCACGUUUUGAAGGGUUCUGGAACAUUCCUGCACCCAUGAUACGUUUUGAGCCUAGGUAA